AUGAAACCAAGAGAUAAGGAAGGUUCAAAUGAAAAUCUAAGAGUCGUUAUUAGAGUUAGGCCUCCAAUGGCCAGAGAAAUCAAGGACGGCAAAUUUAUAUCCACUGUAUCUCAAUCUCUUAUCUAACCCAAGGUUUAAGCAGCACCGGAUAAUCAAUAGCUUUGCAUCUUUGAUUAUCACGCUAUCGAGUUGGUUCCAGAUGAGGACUUAGAGGCUUUCGUUUAAAAUCCAGCCAAUUACACCAUCCAUUAGUUCACAUUUGAUUAUGUUUAUGAUUAAGAGAGCACUUAAGUGGAAGUCUAUGAGACUACUGCAGCAUUGUCAGUCGAUUCUACACUCUAAGGAUAUAACUCCACGAUUAUUGCUUAUGGUCAGACAGGAACAGGAAAAACCUACACAAUGCAUGGAUUUUCAUUCACUCCAAACUCUGAUUAAUUAGGAAUAAUACCUCGAUCUCUCCAUAGCAUUUUCACCCAUAUUCAAAUGAAGUCUAAUUCUAGCACUACAUUCAUGGUGAGAGCAUCAUAUUUAUAAAUUUAUAAUGAAUCUAUCAGCGAUCUCUUGAGACCUGAUCAUCAAUAAUUGAAUAUAAGAGAAGAUAAGAAGAGAGGGGUCUUUGUAGAGAAUUUAUCAGAAUGGGCAGUACGGUCUCCACCUGAAAUCUAUUAAUUGAUGCGAAGAGGUAAUUCUAAAAGAGUUACUGCGAGCACAAGAAUGAACGAUACAUCAUCUCGAAGUCAUGCAGUCUUCAUAAUAACAGUGGAACAAAUCGAAGAAACCCCAGAUGGCAAAAGAGCAAAGGUUGGAAAAUUGAACUUAGUCGAUCUGGCAGGUAGUGAGAGAGUGAGAGUGACUGGAGCAACUGGUAUUCGUUUGGAAGAAUCUAAAAAGAUCAACCAAUCACUUUCUGCCUUAGGAAAUGUUAUAGCUGCAUUAACAGAAUUGAAAUAACCAAAAUCACAUAUUCCAUAUAGAGACUCAAAAAUAACAAGAUUAUUAGAAGACUCAUUAGGAGGAAAUUGUAAAACCACCUUUAUGGCAAUGAUAUCUCCAGCCAUUGAUGCAUUCAGCGAAUCUCUAUCCACUUUAAAGUUUGCCAACAGAGCCAAAAAUAUUAAAAAUACGCCCAUGGUUAAUCAGGAUUAAGAUCAAGGGGCCUUACUCAGAAAGUAUUAAUUAGAAAUACAAAAACUCAAAUAAGAAUUAGAUGAAAGGAGUAAUUUUCCUCUUGAUAAUAUGGUCUCAGAAUUGGAAAGAGAAAGACAAAAAGCCUUGGAAGACAAAUAAGAGGUCCAAAGUGCAUAUGAGUAAAAAAACAAGGACUUAGAUUAAGAGAGGUAAUUGAGAAAGUAAUUGGAAGAGAAAAUCUCGGCUUUGAAUUCUUAAAUGCUUGUUGGAGGUUAAAAAAUUGAAGAAACUCCUUAGUUUUAGAAUGCUUUAGAAAAACAAUAGAAAUUGAUUAGAUAACAAUACUAAGAGAAAUUACAAGAACUAGAAAAAGAGAGAUAAAGCAUUGAAGAAGAUAAAGCCUAGACAGACAAAUACAAAUAAUUGUUACUAAAGUAAAGAGAUAUCAUGAUUGCUUUGACUAAUAGACUUAAUGAAAGGGAUGAUACCAUUCUACAAUUAUAAGAAGAACUAGAUGCCUAUGAAAAACUUCAAAAAGAAUUAGAAGAUAUCAUUUAAACUAAAUAAUCAAGGGUUGAAUAAUUAGAAGAUAUUAUAAAUAAAAAUAAUUUAGAAGUUCCUAGUAACUUUAUUGUCAAUUCCAAUCAAAACACAAUUAAUAACAAACAAUAAUUACUUCUAGCUGAAAUGCCAUCUUCCAAAAUGUUAUUAAUUGCUGAUCCUUCUUCAAAUAGUUAUAUUCAAACUUUACCUUAAUAAUCCACUCUUCAUCACUAAUCAGAUGCAGUAUCUUAAUAUGAAUUGAAAAAUUAAAUUGAAAUCAACACUAAACUACAAUUAGACUUGAAAAUAAGCAGAAUGGAAUAGGAGAGAUACAAAAAAGAAGUGUCUUCUCUUCAAAAUCAGAUAUAAAAAUAUGAGAAUGAUAAUACAAUUGAUUAAGCAAAAAAAUCUGUUGAUACCAUUGUCCUCCAAUUAUCAAAACCAGCUAAUGGAAAUUCUUUAUCUCUGGUUGCUUAAGAAUUGCAAAAACUAUAAAAUAUACUAACUGAGAAAGAAGGAUCACCUAAGAAACCAGUUCAAAAAGUUUAAUAGGAAUCGCCCAAUCCGAAAAAUCAAGAAAUCAUAAACAAACUGAUUUCAAGGCCUUCUAAAUCAAGUAAUCUGCUUAUUCCUUAAUAAAAAAAGAUAAAGUAAAGAUCAGAUGAUGAAUUAUGGAAUUGA